CGUUUAUCUACAUAAGAAGAAGAAUAUCCACCGGAAGUAAAUACGCGACGAGUGCUUGUCCUGGUCCUGGUCGUGUAACUUGCAUGAAUACACUGCUGAUGUUUAGUCCAUUAGAAAACCCAUCGUUACACCUUUAUCAUACUCUAAUAAAAAUGUCUUCUGUUGAGUGUUUACGGGGUUUUGUCAACGAGCGUCUGACUGCUGCUGCUGAGGAGAUAUUCGGAGCUUUUAAAAGAACUAUCGUCGAGUAUGAAGAAGAGAUCGAGCGACAGCGCAGACUGCUGAAUAUCAUUUGGAAACCCGAAAUAAAUAUAUCAGGGAUAGAGCUCCCACAGCAACAUGUCUGUAAGGAGGAGGAGGUUCUCUCUGACCAGCUGCUCUGUACCCAGGAGAGGAGCUCCAGUCUGGACCAAGAGGACCCAGAGCCUCCACAGGUGAAAGAGGAGCAGGAGGAAAUCAGCACCAGUCAGGAGGGAGAGCAGCUGGAACUGAAGCAGGAGAUUGACAGCUUCAUAUACACCCCUACUUACGAGGGAAGCAUCGACAGUAAUCCAGAGGCGAAAAGUGACCCCCAGUUCCUCUCUCACAAUUGUCACGUACUUCGCAGCCAAGAUCAACAACGAGGCAGGCCUGAAGUCUCAGGGUCGACUGAAAAUGCAGAGUCACCGUCAGGGACUAAAUACCACUCGCAUGAAAGUGACAAUGACAAUGUAAAUAACCCCAGCUGGUCAGAGACGCACUGUGAUAAUCAAACGGUUAGAAGUGAGUUUAAGUGUGACACAUGUGGAAGAGUUUUUAAGUAUAUUUCACUUUUGCAGAGACACAUGAGCAUCCACACAGGCGAGAGGCCAUUCUCGUGCAAAACAUGUGGGAAAGAUUUUAGACUGAAAGGCUCCUUGAAAGUCCACAUGAGAAUCCACACGGGCGAGAAGCCGUACAUCUGCAAAACCUGCGGGAAGGGAUUCAGCGACGUGUCGAUGUUUAGGAAACAUGCGAAAAUCCACCUGGGUGAGAUGCCGUACGUUUGCACGACAUGCGAGAAAAGCUUCUCGAACAUUUCCUUUUUGAAGAGCCACAUGCGAGACCACACGGGUGAGAAGCCGUACACCUGCGACACGUGCGGGAGGGCUUUCCGGUUCGUGUCACUUUUGCAGAGACACGUGAGCAUCCACACAGGAGAGAGACCCUACAACUGUACGAUUUGUGGGAAAAAGUUCCGACUCGACGGUGCCUUGAAAGUCCACAUGAGAAUCCACACGGGUGAGAAGCCGUACCUUUGCAAAACCUGCGGGAAAAGAUUCAGCGACGUGUCAUUUUAUAAAAAACACACAAGAAUCCACACGGGCGAGAAGCCGUACGUGUGCAAGACCUGCGAGAAGGGAUUCUUCAGCAUGUCAGCUCUGAAGAUCCACAUCAGAAGCCACACUGGCGAGAAGCCAUUUGUCUGCGAGACGUGCGGGAGAGCGUUCAGCUUUAAUGAAAACCUGAUAGUGCACGUGAGAAGAGCUCACACUGGGGAAAAGCCCUUCCUUUGCAACAUCUGUGGGAAAGGACACUUUCGUAAUUGUGACCUGAAAAGCCACAUGAGAACCCACAUAGGUGAGACUUCUCUAACUCGCAUAAUUACUGAAAACGAAUAAGAACGCUGCCUCUCAUACCCGUAGUAUGUGGGGCACGAUUCAGCGUGGGGGUUUGAGUGAGGAGCCACUUAAAUGCAGAAAUUGUGGGAAAGGAUUUCUUCAAAUCCUUAAAAAAAAAACACCUGAACGACAAUAUGAACAGCUGAGUCUCUUUGAAGAUUUCUUCACAUUCUCUUAAGAAAGCUUAACAUCUUCUAGUCAAAUCUGAAGUGUUUGCCAUAUUCUGUGAUUGGUCUGUUUCUUCCUCUAGCCUUCUCUACAUUUUCUCAGACUUACUUGUAUAUAUACCAGCAGCAUUUUUACAAGAUACUUAUAUUCUCCAUAUUCAAAGGAAAGAGUUAGUUUCAAAGUGAGUGCAGACUAAUUGCUUGUGCCAAAUGUCUUUUAAUUAGAAAUGUUUUCUUCUUCUAAGCUUUAAUUAUUUAACAUCCAUGUACCUUACACAGUAUUUUAGAGAACACUAUACGAGGCCUGUAGCAUAAUACAGUAAGUCAGAUUGAACGCUUGAGAGACCCUGACAUCAGUGUUUUGUGUAAAAAUUUGAGGAAGUCCAACUAAAUGCAGGUCCUUGUUAGUUCAGGUUUUGUACACUUCUACAUAUAAAUGUCUGAAAAGGCUAUGUAGGAAGGCAAAUAUGUUCAGAAAUAAAGAGACUUAAACA